CAAUUCAUAACUAUUUUAGGUUACCACGAUCUCAACCAACCGCGGGUUUCUUCGAACAAAAUUUGUAUUUGUGACGCGAACGGAAAACAGAUCACCGCUCGAUCACGUAGUCGGCGACAGGCUGUACAACCAAACGCAACACCAACCGCAGCACCAAAACCAAACGCCAUGGAAUGCACGGAUAUGGUUGUUGGAUCAGUAGUAGAUGGCCGCGGACGAGUACGAGACUUCUACUCGCCGUCAAAGGCCACACCGCGGCCAGACUCGUUCUUUGGUGGAUCUGAUUCUCUUACUGCUGCUGCAGCAUUCAGAGAAGACGGUAUCACAACUGUUGUGUUCCGGAAGAAACUGCAAGCUGACGAUGAAUGGGACCAUCCUAUCAAGGGACCAAUGACGGUCAUAUGGGCGAAAGGAGCAGACCCAGAUUAUUACCAGCAUACAACUGGAGGCACGCCAAUCAAAGCCGAUCCGGACUUUUUCAUCAGUAACGCUUUCAAAUAUCACGGCCGUAAUCAACGUGGAUCGUUCACGAUCGACUUCCUCAAAGAGACGCCAAAGAAGGAGAAACUCAAACACGGUCUCCACAUCGAUGCCUCUACCUGCUCGGGAAGAUUCUCCUUCCCAGCCGAUUGUGCUGAAAGUGACUCUGAAACGCCAUGCCAGUACGUGUUGAACUGGAUUAGCGAUGGUGAAGUGGCCAGAUUCAGCGUCGCGGCUAUAAUGAAAACUUCUCAAUGGGUUGCCAUCGGCUUCUCCUCUGAUGGAGGAAUGGCCGGCUCAGAUGCGGUGAUCGUUGGAAUUCAGAAGGAUGACGUGAUCACCGUCACCGAUCAGUUCAUGCCCAACUAUGGCCGUCCGAUUAUUGAUGAACAACAGGAUAUCUUCGAUGUUGAGACGAACUACGAGGAAGGACUGCUCACAGCCAAUUUCUCUCGAGAACUGUUCAGCGAUGAUAAGAACGACGUCAAUCUACAGAACUGUGUCCAUCUGCUGUUCACAACCACUGCUAGUCAGAUUGAACCAACUGGAGAGAUUCGUAAGCACGGAGAAACACCAAUCGCCAGUCAAACCAAG